AUGAUUUAUUAUACCAGACGAAAACCAGUACAUUACACCAGGAAGUUAAAUAUUCAACAGGGUGGAAAAGAGAUAAUUAUGGCUACAUCCAAAAAACAGACAUUUAUAAUGUUUGAUUUGGAAACAACUGGCCUUUAUGAUAAAGAAAAUAAAGAAAUUCCACAUAUCACACAAAUUGCUGCCAGUGAAUUAGAUUCCAAUAAAUUAUUUUCUACCUAUGUUCUUCCUAAAGUUCCAAUAUCUCCAGGAGCUGAAGAAGUUAACGGUACCAAAGUUACUGAAGAUGGCAUCAUGACAGUACAUGGCAAGAAUGUUGAACAUGUAUCCAUUACAAUUGCUAUCCAGAAACUUUUUAAAUGGUUGAAAAAUUUUCCUAAUGUAGUGUUAGUUGCUCAUUACGGUAGAAAAUUUGAUUUUCCAGUUAUAGCUUCAGCUUUUGUUAAUACCAACACUGUUGAUCUAUUUCUAAACAAUGUUACUAAUCUUAUUGAUUCAUGGAAGAUUUUUUGGAAACUUUAUCCUGGCCAGUCUCACAAACAAGUAGAUCUUGCAAAAUCCUUGCUUGAUAUUACCUAUGAUGCAGAUAAUGCUAUUGCUGAUGUGGAAACCUUGGGGAAACUGAUCAAAUUCAUCAGGAUAUCACCUGAAGAUCUUCUAUCCUACAGGUUUUCUCCUCAGUCAGUCAUUGAUGAUUUAUAA